UGCAGAGUCCGCCAUGUCUGCUUCUGCUGACGCCACUUUCCCCAUUAUUCUUCAUUCCAAACCAGUGCAAGUAAUGUGGGCAAGUGAUCCAUUGCCAGAACGGAAGGAAGGGGCAUCUAAGAGAGAAGGAACAUUGGCAGUUUCGUCUAAGUUGGUUCGAGCAGAGGUGCCUCUAAGUAGGCAUGGGAGAGGUAACAGGCUGGGUUCAGAUAUUGUGAACCCCAAAGAUGACAACAAUACAAAUAGUAAUAAUACUUAUAAGAAUCGAGGUGGGAUUGCUGCAAGGUUAGGGGAUCCAUUCAAGGGCAGGGAGCUCGUUGCCUAUGAUGAUAUUCUUUGAUUUAGAAUCUUAUAUGUUUAGAAUGUAAAAUUAGUGUGGUUCUUAUGAUUAUUAUUAGCAAUGUUGUUUUUAAGUUAUCAGAUUAUGGUGUUUUUGUUUAUGUGGUUUCCUUUGUUAGAUUAGUGGUUUAUGAAGUUUCUUGUUAGAUGUUUAUGAGUAUCUUCUAAUUUCUGUUGCUGGUAAAAACAAUUAUUGGUCCUGAUCAAUACAAUUAUUGGUGUGUAAACA